CACCAUACGCUCUCUUCUCAGCCUCUAGUUCUUCAUCAUCAUCGCUGUUUAGAAUAAUGGCGUCGAGCUCGACUUGGACGGCGAAGCAGAACAAGAGAUUUGAGAAUGCUUUGGCGUUGUACCCCGAGGAGACGCCGGACCGGUGGCAGAAGCUGGCGAGAGCGGUGGGAGGGAAGACGGUGGAGGAAGUGAAGAGGCAUUAUGAGAAGCUUGUUGAAGAUGUGAAGCUGAUCGAGGAAGGCCAUGUCCCUCUGCCUGAUUACAAUACAAACACUGAAGCAUUACGAGGAGGACCGUCUUCCACCCUCAGAACUUACACUACUUACUUGGAUCAUCAGGAGCGAAGGAUGAAGAAUCUGAGCCUCCAGUGAAGUACGUCGGAAGGAGAGCCACUGGGGAGAAAUGGAAUAUAUAUAUAUAUCAUCAAUCUGAAAGCAUGUGCCUACUUCCUUCAUUCUCAAUUAAGUAUAUUUGUAUGUAAUAUGCUUCGCUUUGUCCAUCCUCCUUCUCUCUCUCUCUCUCACCCUCUCUCUUUCUCUCUCUCUAUGUGAAGAAUGAAAGCCUUGUAAUAAUUCCUACAAAUGUAUAAAAUUUAAUUGAAGUUCAAUGAAUGGUAUGUUUUUGCCA